UCCUGUGCCUCGCUUCUUCCUCCCCUUCCUCUCGUGCUCACCAGAAAGUUCCAGGCCGUUGUUCCUCCCGAGCUGACAAAAUGAUGGGCCAACAGGUUUUAGUGUUAAACCAGAAUAUAAAGAGAGAGUCUGGCCGUAAGGUUCAGAAGGGCAACAUCACUGCUGCCAAGACGAUAGCUGAUGUGAUCAGGACAUGCCUGGGUCCCAGGGCCAUGAUGAAGAUGCUGUUGGACCCCAUGGGCGGUAUUGUCAUGACCAAUGAUGGAAACGCCAUUCUGAGAGAGAUCCAGGUGCAGCACCCUGCAGCCAAGUCCAUGAUCGAGAUCAGCCGCACCCAGGACGAGGAGGUCGGGGACGGGACCACCUCGGUCAUCAUCCUGGCUGGAGAGAUGCUGUCUGUAGCCGAGCAGUUCCUGGAGCAGCAGAUGCACCCCACAGUCGUCAUCAGUGCCUACAGACAGGCCCUGGAGGACAUGCUGAACACCCUGAAGGACAUCAGCACCCCCGUGGACCCGGAGGACCGCUCCAUGAUGCUGAAGAUCAUCCACUCAGCCAUCAACACCAAGGCCCUGAGCCGCUGGUCCGACAUGGCCUGCGGCAUCGCCCUGGACGCCGUGAGGACCGUGGAGAUGGAGGAGAGCGGCCGCAAGGAGAUCGACAUCAAGAAGUAUGCCAAGGUUGAGAAGGUACCCGGUGGCAUCAUCGAGGACUCGUGCGUGCUGAAGGGGGUGAUGGUGAACAAGGACGUGACACACCCGCGUAUGAGACGCAUGAUCAAGAACCCUCGCAUCAUCCUGCUGGACUGCUCUCUGGAGUACAAGAAGGGAGAGAGCCAGACGGACAUAGAGAUCACUCGUGAGGAAGACUUCUCCAGGAUCCUGCAGAUGGAGGAAGAGUAUAUCCAGCAGAUCUGUGAAGACAUCAUCAGCCUCAAACCUGACCUGAUCUUCACCGAGAAGGGAGUUUCCGACCUGGCGCAGCACUACCUGAUGAAGGCCAACAUCACAGCUAUCCGCCGAGUCAGGAAGACUGACAACAACAGGAUCGCCAGGGCGUGCGGAGCGCGCAUCGCCAGCCGGACCGACGAGCUGCGUGAGGAAGACGUGGGCACGGGGGCGGGGCUGUUCGAGGUGAAGAAGAUCGGAGACGAGUACUUCGCCUUUGUCACCGAGUGCAAGGACCCCAAGGCCUGCACCAUCCUGCUGAGGGGGGCCAGCAAGGAGAUCCUGGCUGAAGUGGAGCGUAACCUGCAGGACGCCAUGCAGGUGUGUCGUAACGUGCUGCUGGAGCCCAGCCUGCUGCCAGGGGGUGGCGCCACGGAGAUGGCCGUGUCCAAGCGGCUGAUGGAGCGCUCGCGCUCCCUGACCGGGGUGGAGCAGUGGCCGUACCGCGCCGUGGCCCAGGCCCUGGAGGUGGUGCCCAGGACCCUCGUCCAGAACUGUGGAGCCUCCACCAUCAGGGUGCUCACCUCGCUCCGGGCCAAACACACCCAGGAGGGCAGCACAUCCUGGGGGGUGAACGGGGAGACCGGAGCCCUGGCCGACAUGACCGCCAUGGGGAUCUGGGAGCCCCUGGCCGUCAAGGCUCAGACAUACAAGACUGCAGUGGAGACGGCCAUCUUGUUGUUGCGCAUUGACGACAUUGUGUCUGGCCACAAGAAGAAGGGAGAUGAGCAGACUGGAGGAGGACCGGGAGCGGAGUAGAGUAGAGGGGGGGGGGGGGGGUGAGAGGAGAGGGAAGAGGAACAAAAGAAGCAGCAGUCACCUGAUCUGUUUUGGUUGCCACGGCAGUUGUUUUGGUUGUCUCGGUACCAGUGUUGGUUGUCACGUUAGUAGCAUUGGUCAUCAUGGCAGUCUGACAGAUAUGUUUCUGAGUUUACUGAAGUUAAUGUGUGAGAGUGUGUUUGUGUGCAUGCGUGUGUGUGUUUUUACAGUAUUUAUGUUAGUGGGUGAUUAUGAAUGUUUCUGACUGCACUCCCAGACCAGGAUCCAUCUACGCUAGUCGUGUGCCCUCCAGUGAGGAGUCUCUCCCACUGGGAGUUUGACUGAACCAACACCGGAUCACAAAACACCAACACGAUACUCAUUCACAGUUGAUAACGUCCAGUCGUUGAAGACUUUGCCAGUGUAUAACAGUACUGUAACUGAAUGCUCUUUCUUUCUGUAAACUUGACUCAAGUGGUGAGGUCGUCUUAACGGUGGCUGCACGUUUUACUGUGUUGGUCUAGAACUUGUCCUCCGCCAUCCUCCCCGACCUGUCGUUUAGGACUGCUAAAACCUCAAUAAAGUUGGGUGUGAAACUAA